UGAGGGAGGAACCCCGCGGUGUGGCUGAGAAGUUUUUGGCGCCGUGGUGGCUGAGGUAGAAGCACUACUAAUAAUAAUUAUAGUAGUUGGUUGUGGUUGUCUCAUGAAUGAACCGAACCAAGAGCAGUCUCACGACUCGCCCCCCGCCCGACAAGUGGAUUGAGAAUCCAAGAUCAAAUAAUUUUUUAAUCGGCAUAAGAAGAUAUCCCAACAAUUAAAAAAUUAUGACAGAGACCAGCAGACAACAUAGCCUCGUUCGAGAUAACCAGAACAAGGCUUGCUGGAAAAGCUUCGGUUGCAGCCAGAUGCACGGAGAAGACCUGCUCAGUAGUAAGGACGUCCGCCACCAGCCUGCCAAACCCCCGGGCAAGAAGAUCGUGCUGACGAACUGGAUUAUUCAGCCGCUGGAUGAUUUCUCUGCAGUUUGUCUUGUAGGCCGUCGGCUACAUGGUCACGUGGAAGUAAAAUGGAACAACAAUGGAUUUUGCUGCACUGCCCUCUACUGCCCACAAUCUACCAUUCUCAAGUUUUCGUCGCAUUUUCACUUAUCUCCUCGUGUUCCUCAGCUCCGCCUCGCAGAAUGAGGAGUAUUGGCACAGUAGUGCCAUAGUGAAACGGAUAUCGGCCCAACGAUUUGAGACUGCUUCAGGUUCCAUUUACAUACUUGAAGGCUGCAUCAAUGCCCAAGAUGCACGAAUGGAAGCUGGCUUUUCCUGGAAUAUGAUAAAAACAUUUAAACAUGGAUUUCCCGAAGACUGGAAACUAUUUAUUGAUAAAUACCUCGUUGUUCAGAAAGAGAGGUGGAAUAGCAGCACCGGUAAAUCCACAUCGCUCCAUGAUGAGCAGAUGGAUUGUCUCACAUCUUCUGCAAUGAAUGAGCUACCCUCUAAAGUGGCGGAGAGGACGAGUGACACCGUGAUGAAGUUAAUUGAACGUGACAUACGUCUCAUCACUCCGUGUGCCAUUCACCUCUAUACUCUCCAGCCCAAGCAACUUGGUGAACGACAAGACGGGCGAAGCAACACGGAAAAUAAUUUCUCUACCCGAACAAAACGCAAGAGAGACCCGUUGGAGAAGCCUCUCCGCUCCCAAGAAUGGAGUGCUCAGUCUGUACUGGAGUCCCACAAGUGCAGCAUCAAUGACAAGAAAGUGAAACAUUCUGUUGUCGUGCUUGAUAAAAUUUGUGUUAAAUCUCUGACCAUGGAUCCUUUGCAAGAGUUCCCCCCGUGCCUCAAUAUGAGCCGAGAAUCUCAGGAAAAUAAUCCAAGUGCUCUUAUGGGUGUGCGAACAAGAGGAGACACUGAGGAGAACCCAGUGAAUCCUGGCAAAUUUGCCAAUAAGGAAAAGACGUUGACUUCCGAGAGCUCUGUUAGCAAACAAAGAAUAAACUUGAAACAAAAACGUGGAAAAGGAAAUUAUCAUGCCACAUCCAUCAUGAGAAGACAUGCAAGCGUGGAAAGUUUCAACAAAGAGAAUGCAGACAAGGCUUGGCUAGAAAGAAAAGGAGUGAAGAAGGCCAUGUUGCUACAAAGCGAAACCGUCACCCAUUCAAAAGACGACCAUAAACACAGAAGCUUGAGGGGUAAACCUUCCUCCAAGACCCAAAAGUUUAAGACACAGAAGAAAGGCUUUAAGGAGACUAAAUCCAAAACCCGAGGUACUUCCAGGAAAAUAAAGUCCUCAUCUACCCGCCGCAAGAGAGAAUCCACCACUGAAUGGAGCAAAGAGGAGUUGGCAAGGUUGUACAGCGUUGUGGACAGUUUCCCAAAGAAAAAGUCGAUCUUGUGGAAUCAAGUGUCCGAUGCGGUGGGCUGCCGCACGGCAGAUGACUGCAAGAAGCGUUACAAAAUGGGUUCCAAGCUCCUACCGAUUUCCCGAUUUACAUCAGAGGCAACCAAGGUUUCUGGCAAGCUUCAAGAAAAAGAAAAUGAAACUGUGAGGAUCACGGCCAGGGUGGGAACCCUUAAACGCAAGCGACAAGUGCAUGAAUAUCUAGACCAUCUGGCCAAGGAUGACUACAGUGACCCCUUCGCUUCUGGCGCUUCACCCAUCUAUGUUGGCAAGAAGAUUGUGAUACCGUCUGUGAGUGCGAUGAAGACAGAUGAUCUCGGUCAUCUGCAAACUCCAGGGGCAGCAACGCCUAAGUCUCCAUUAUCAAUGUCCUUUGGUGUCCUGGCUAACAACCACAUUAGUCCGGGAAUGCUGGAGCCUGUGCACAGGAAAGACGCAGACCGAUACAUCUUCCAGAUGCAACGCAGCAAGGUCGGAUGCAAUUGGGGUAAUCUUAACCUAAAAAAGAAGGUGUGCAAGGAUGAUUCUCACAAGAGAACCACCACCCCAAUAAACCAUUUCACAACUGAGAGGGCAGCAGUUCCAACGCUGGCUAGCAAUGGCAUUUUAAUUGAAGAUAAUAUUUUGCCAAAUAGCCUGGACAAGGACAGCGACGAAGAGGAAGAUUACUACUUUUCUGAAUGAGUUCCAAAAUAUUUGGAGCACAUUCAAACACAUCUCAGCUGAAUGUUUUCUCACUUGUAGUUCCUUAGUAUCAUAUCGGAUUGGCUGUACAUAAAAACACUUUGCUUACUUUAUUAAGUAACCAGGGUCUAAUGGGUGUCAUAAUAAAAGCACAUGUAUUCACAGUUACCACUGACAGUAAUUCGUCUUUAAGAGAAAGUAACAAUUGCAAAAAAAUGUAUGGAAACAAUGCUUCAGACUUACGAACUGACGUGCGAUAUAUGGAGCUGUAAUAUAUGUACAUUUUCAUCCACUGAAUUUAUAAGUUUACUAUUGACAUGUUAAGAUGCAACAAUGUUGAUAAUAUUACGUUUACCCUUAAUGCUUUAUCAACUUGAAUGAUUAUCCAAUAUUUGUAAAAAAAAAUAUUGAGACGCGUGCAGAGUUAUAGCACAUUUCCACACAUUACAUUUUACAGUCACAUUUUAAGUUAGGAAUUAGGCAUAGAUUCAGCCGGCAGAGAUUCAAAAUCUGAAGCUUUAUUUGAGACUGCGUGAGGAAUCCGAUGUGCUAUGAAGCUCUUUGUCACAGAUGUCCAGCAGGCUUCAUGCUAAAGGAAAACAGAUUUUUAAAAUUGCUGUGUCAAGUCAAGUAAAAGGGCUUUAGGAAUCCAAUAUUCAAAUAGUUUUCCACGAUGGGUAUUUAAGAAGACCAACACAGGUGAUAGCAUUGUAAACAUACAAAUACAUAAACAUAGCAGGUGCCUUGUACAUUAAAAUUGCAGUGUGGAUUUCUCUUUGAAAGUUUUAUUCUGCUUAAUACAUCUGUAUCCAUUUCCAUUUUUUUUAUGUCAGCACUUGCUUCUUGAGUGCUGGAAAUUAUGUAAUUGUUGUAGACGACAAUUUUACUCUCACUAAUAAUCUGUACAAAUUGAUUACAAUACGAGUGGAAUUGUCGUACGGUUGAUUUGAAUGCUUUGCUUUCGCCAUUAAUCUUGCAAAGCUCGCGUCGUUGCUGUUAUGUACGAGUAUAAUAUUCACGUAAAGCAGGUGAAUCCACAUGUGCAGUGUCACUGUUCCUCCGGAUCCAAUGUCGAAAAGUAUGCUCGCAUUCAACCAACAACGGUGAGGUCUGCUCAAAUACCCGGCAAGGUGUGUGCCCUCCACGAGGGGCUUGUCUGCAUGUUUAACUUAUGCUGGUAGAACCUCCUGGUUACACCAGCCCACAGGGGAUUAUUGUGUCCGUCCGUCGUGCAUCCAAAAAUGGAAGGGGUGGGGCUGGGUCU